UUUUCCUGUCUGAUAAUCACUCAACUCAGCCCACUCGCCUUCUCAACUCAGUAUCUGAUCAGAAUUACACUCCGUUUCAAACAUGGCGGACGGAACCAAAGCCAUCUUCUCCGCUCUCGACGGUGCAAAAACCCAAGUCUACCAUUUCAAAGCCAUUAUAAUCGCCGGUAUGGGAUUUUUCACCGACGCUUACGAUCUCUUUUGCAUAACCGCCGUUACAAAGCUUUUAGGCCGUCUCUACUUUUAUGACCCAACCCUAGCAAAACCUGCACCCGGUAAACUCCCGGAUAACAUCAAUAACGCCGUUACUGGCGUUGCAUUAUGUGGAACCCUAGUUGGUCAGUUAUUCUUCGGAUGGCUCGGAGAUAAACUCGGCCGGAAAAAAGUGUACGGGAUUACACUUGUCACCAUGGUUGGCUGUGCCCUAGCUUCUGGUUUGUCGUUUGGUUCUUCGGCUAACAGUGUUAUAGCGACUCUAUGUUUUUUCCGAUUCUGGCUCGGUUUCGGAAUCGGAGGUGAUUAUCCGCUGUCGGCUGUGAUUAUGUCGGAAUAUGCUAAUCAGAAAACUAGAGGGGCGUUUAUAGCGGCGGUUUUUGCCAUGCAGGGGAUGGGAAUUUUGUUCGCCGGAGCGGUUUCCACCAUUGUUUCUAAGAUAUUUAUGGAAGCUUUUCCGGCUCCAGUUUUUGCUGCCAAUCAUGUGUUGUCUACUCAGCCACAAGCGGAUUUUGCGUGGCGGCUUGUUCUGAUGAUCGGUGCAAUUCCGGCGGCUUUGACGUUUUAUUGGAGGAUGAAAAUGCCGGAAACUGCUCGGUAUACUGCUUUGGUUGAAGGAAAUCAUAAGAAAGCUGCUGCAGAUAUGUCGAGAGUUCUUGAACAUGACUUUCACAUUGAUGAAACUGCAGGUGCCAAGGCGGAUACUCCAGCCAAUCCCACCGCCUCAUACAAACUCUUCUCGUCAGAAUUCUUCCGGCGACACGGCGUUCACCUCCUCGGCACAACCAGCACCUGGUUCAUACUAGACAUAGCCUUCUACAGUCUAAACCUAGCUCAAAAAGACAUCUACCCAGCCAGUGGACUCAUUAACAAAGCCUCCACCAUGAACGCUUUACAAGAAAUGUACCACCUCUCCAAAGCAAUGACCAUCAUCGCCCUCCUCGCCACCGUCCCCGGCUACUGGUUCACCGUCUUCCUGAUCGACAGAAUCGGCCGGUACAUCAUCCAACUCGGCGGUUUCCUCCUCAUGUCAAUCUGCAUGGCGAUUCUCGGAAUUCAGUAUGGAAAUCUCCGGGGAGAGAAGUCUAAGUGCCCGCCUGAUUCUAAAAAGGAUUACUGCGACGGAAAUCCGAUUCUGUUCGUUGUUUUAUUCGGACUCACUCUUUUUUUCGCGAAUUUUGGACCGAAUAGUACGACUUUUAUAGUUCCGGCGGAGCUUUUUCCGGCGAGGUUUAGGUCAACUUGUCAUGGAAUUUCGGCUGCUGCCGGAAAAGCUGGAGCUAUUAUUGGGGCGUUUAUUGUACAGAGUUAUACAUUGGAUGGGAAAUCCGGGGAGAUUAAAAAGGCGAUCAUCGGACUCGCGGUGGUUAACUUGUUCGGAUUCUUCUUCUCUUUCUUGGUGCCGGAAACUAAAGGUAGGUCACUGGAGGAAAUUUCCGGCGAAGAUCAGGAUAUUGAUAACCGCGCCGGUGAUCAGAAUGGGAGAAAUUUUAAUGGUACUUCUGAGAUGAUUUAAUUGUUAAUUACAUAAUUAAUUAUUACUUAAAAAUAAGAGCAAUAUUGUUUGAGUGUAAUUACUCAAAAUUAUAUGUACUUGCGAGUAUUU